GUUGUGUUAUAGUUAUACUGUUAUAGGAUAGGAAUGGCAAAAUGGGAGUUGACUUUCGUGAACCUAAAUAUUAAAGAUCUGAUGCAUAUUCUACCAAAAAUCGAAUUCUUCAAUAAUUAAUAUAACAUCUAGGACUAGUCUAUAGAAUGUCUCCAACAUCAAAUGCUCUGCUCUGGCUUCUGCUAGGUGUUAGCUUAUUUUUUGUAACUUUUGGAGAAUAUGCUAUUUUUAUAGGCCUUUGUGGAUUGGCUUUUCUAGCAGGCACUUUGGUCAUUAUCUAUAACUUUGGUAAACAAGCUACUGAAUUGGACAUGCCAGAGAUUUCUCUUGUUGUUGGUCAGUUGGGGCAUGGCGGCAUAGAGAAGGUUAAAAGUGCAAUGGAACCGACUACGAAAAUAAAGAACUUUGACAAGCGAAUGACAGGCGCAAGUGUAAUCGAUGAUGUUUUAAAAGAGGUCCUACAGUUUGCUGUCAAAGAUUACAUCAAGACCUGGUACAGACAGAUCAGUGACCAUGAUAGCUUUUUGGUAGACAUCUGGCAGUGUGUACAGAAGGUCAUCAUUACCUUCUCCAAUAGAUCUAAAGAAAUUGAUUGGAUGCCUUACUUCACGCAGCAGCUUGUUGAUGAUUUUGCUUCUCAUAUACGACUGUAUCGUCGAGCUGCGGAAAAGACUGGCACAGCUAAAACUGAAGAUAACGCCAUAGCAUUGGAAAAUGCUUUUUUUGAUAUGGAGGUUGAAAUGGAAAAUAACAUGUGUAGAGAUUUAGUUUGUUUGGACCCUCAGGCAGAAAGACAAUAUCUUCAAGAUCUAAGUGAAGUCUUACUAUACUUACUUUUACCAAAGGAAGAUUUCCACAACAAGCCAUUCCGCUACAUUGUUAGGGAGGUUCUUGUAAAUGGCAUAUUUAUGCCGACUAUAGAUUUAUUAUCGGAUCCAGAUUAUAUUAAUCAAUAUAUUGUAUGGAUGUGCUAUGAGACGUCAUUUACAAGAGAAACUUUCCUGACGGUCAUACGAUGCAGUGAUUGUAUGGAAGAAUUGGAAGCUGUGAAAGAAAUGGUGGACAGUGACAUUGCCAAAUGGCGCUCUAAAGAUACUGGGGGCAGUGAUGAUACAACCAUUAAACAAAAUCUUAACAGUCUUAUGUUCUUAAAAAAUGCAUGUGAAAUGCGAAUGCGACGUCUUAAAAGUGGGCCCGUCUCGGCAGAUCAAAUUAUUGAACCUGAAAAUCUUCGUAACCUUUAUGUGCUGUCUCUGGAUGAGAUCUUCAGUAACAACUUUGCCUUGCAAUCAUUUAUUGAAUAUGUGACUAGUCGGAACGGUCAGCAGUAUUUAUAUUUUUAUCUUAAUGUUGAGGGAUUUCGUGCAGCCGCUGAGCAGCAGAUAUCUGAGAUGCAGAAACAAUCCCUGACAUCAGUGACUUCUUUGGAACCAGAUUUGGAACCGCUGAGAAAUGCUGCCAAGAUAAUCUUUGACCAGUAUUUGUCUGAGAAGGCAACUUCCAGACUCAAGAUUGAGCCAGAAUUUAUCAAAGAUGCUGUACAGAAAUUAAAAAGUAAAAUGCUUUCAGAGGACACGUUUGACUUAGUCCAAGCUCGAGUCUACCAGAUCCUACACAUGAGUUACUACGAAGAUUUCUUACAGAGUACUUCCUAUCAAAAACUUUUGGGGGAACUUGGUUUGAAUAGUACCAGCGCCAAAGCUGAAGAGGGAGAUAACUUAAGUUACAGAAGUAUAGAAGAUGAUGGCGCUGCGGCUGGGUCAGAGUGUUCUAUGGGCAGUACAGAAGAUCUUUUGGAUCCUCAGUUGGAAGACAUAGGAUCUGACACAGUUUCUAUUGGAUCUGGUUCAUCUGCCACUUCUGUUGGGUCACCAUCAGCAGAUGCGUACAUGCAGGUCACUGUCACAAACUCAGGUGUUUUAACAGAAAAAAAUGGCAAGUCUUACGCAAUAUUUUUUAUUACUGUGAAAAAGAAAGAUCCUUACUCUGAACAAGAAGAUGGUUGGGAUGUGUACCGGAGAUACAGUGACUUUCACGACCUGCAUAUGAUUCUCACAGAAAAGUUCCCAGAGUUGGUCAUCCCCUCACUCCCCAGUAAGACAAUUGUCAAAAAUAUGAGUGAAAGUUUCUUGGAGAAACGGAGGAAAGAUCUGGACAAAUAUCUCAGGUAUUUGAUGAAACCAGACUUAAUUCAGAAUGUUUCAGGACUGGAAGACUUAAUGAAUCAUUUUCUUCAUAACAGUGUCUGGGAGAAACAUAAAUCAGAGUUUUCUAGAAAAAUGGACACCAUUGUUCACCCAUUGAAAAAAGGAAUCGGAGAUGGUCUGGGAAAAGUGUUUACCCAAAGAAAUAUUGAUCAGAGCAAAAGUCGAGAGAUCAUGAACCAGAUGAAAGUAGGAGCAGGUUUAGAUCCUGAGGCAGGUGAAAAUAUUCCUCUGCGUAUCAUGUUGCUGAUGAUGGAUGAAGUGUUUGAUUUGCGGCACAAGAACCAGUGGCUCAGAAGAAGGAUUGUGGCCAUCUUGAGGCAGCUCAUCAAGGCCACCUUUGGGGAUAAAAUAAAUAGGAAAAUUGUGGAACAUGUAGAUUUAAUGACAUCUGCUGAACAAAUGGCAGAAUAUAUUCUUGCCUUCAAAAACUCAUUUUGGCCAAAUGGAGUUUUAGCUGAACCAAGACAACCCAGAGAUGAGGCCACAAAAAUGAGAACCAAAGUUUUGUGUAAAGCCAAAAUGUUAGGAAGUGUGCCAGAUGAAGUUCGGACUCUUAUGGGGACUGAUGCAGUACGGAUGGGAGUAGCCAGAGUCUUCCAAAUGUUUCAGCACAAAACAUUAAACAAACGAAUUCUUUACGUGGUCCUGGAAGGUGUCCUGGUCACAUUGUUUCCUGAUAAUAAGUUCCAGGCUAUUUUCAGGAAGCUUCACUCACGGUCUAAACGGGCUGAAAAAGUUCUGGAAGCACAAAAAGCAGGAACUAGUCAAGAUUCACAGUUACGGAAAAGACAAUUGAAGAGGUGAUUCUUUCUGAUACAAAAACCAAUUAUAAUCUAAAUAAAAGUGUUGCUGUCUUAAUGGACUGUACUACAAUGUUGAGGAUAAAGCUUGUGAAGGGAAAUGAGUUAUAUAUUUCAAAAUGGUCUCACUGUUUAUAUGACUCUUAUUUUUAUAAACAUUUGCACCAAAUUUGCAUUUUUUGUUGACAUUUAAAUAUUUAUGUCCCCUUUGGGGCAUAUUAAAAUGAACCAAUCAAAUGUUUUCUUUUUUCGACUUGUGGUUUUUACCCAGAAGUUUAACUUGUUAUUUAUUCGAGGCAAUAUAAUUAAUUGGCAUUUUGUUUGUCUGCUUUAUUCAGCAUUUCAGUUCGUAUAGGAUUAUUUUUUUGUUUUGUGAGAAGAAAUUAUAUGUAUAUAAACUUUAAUUUAUUUCUACUUGGACAAUACAUCGCGGGAUGAUGUUGGUUAUGUAAAAAUGAACAUAGUUGGUGUCAACUAAACUGUUUUUUUCUUUUAGUAGACUAAAUGUACACAGCAGAUAAUGAGUGAAACUAAUGAAUUUAACUACAUUCAUAGUUUUUUUUAUUUAUAUUCUUCACAACGUUCAAGAAACUUGUUCAGACAAGUUUGACGUUCUUGUGUUUCUGUCUGUUCUGUUCUCAUAUUACCUUGAGCCUGCAUUAUGUUUGUUAACAGCGUUACUUAAAUUAAAUUUGUAUUAUUUUAUUUUGACAUGUUUUAAUAUGUCCGACUUCGACAUCACUUACACACACACAGGGGUCUACCAAAGAA